CUGGGAGCGCCUCGCUGUCGCACUGGGAGCAAAUCACCACGUGUUGGCACGCGAAAAGCGCCACUUCCGGCGCACGUCAUGGCGUCAUCAAAAAGCGCCGCGUCGUCGUCCCGCCCCCUGGCUCGCAUUGCUCACAAUGGCUCCGUAAAGGAGCGCGGGGAUUGGGCGCCCCGCGAGCCAAUGGGAAAGGGCGGAAGUAGAGCAAUGGGGGCGGGAUCUCGGGAAGGGCUGCGCGGCGAUUGGGCGUCCCGCGAGCCAAUGGGAAAGGGCGGAAGUAUGGCAUUGGGGGCGGGAUCUCGGUGAGUAGCGCUGCUUGCGUCACUUCCGGCGCGGGAAACGGCGCGGCGCCGGGCCGUGCGAAAAGAUACGGCGGCCGGGAGAGCGGGCCGCCACCGGAUGUGACGUCAGAGGGCGGAAGUAUGAACGGAAGAGACACCGGUUCCCCCUCCGCCCUGCGGGUGGCGCUGGCGGGCGCCUGGCAGGCGGUGCGGGGCCGGCGGCUGCGGCACUUCCCGCGGGUCCUGGCCCUGCUGGAGGCCGUGGGGAGGGCGGCCCCCGCCGCGCUGAGCUGCCAGCAUGGCGUCCGGCUGCGCCUGGGGCUGCAGGCCGCCGUGGUGCAUUCCCUCCUCCACGAGGAGCACUCGGAGCCGCAGCUCUUUGACUCCAUUGAUCGUUUCUUCCCCGAAGGAGCGACCCCAAACCUGGGGGGGGGACGAGCGGUGCGUCCUUGUGGGGUUUGGGGGAUUUCCUCCCGAUUUCCCCCCAUUUCCCCCUCAUUUCCCCCAUUUCACGCCCAAUUUCCUCUCAUUUCCCCCCAUAUUUCCUCCCCAUUCCCCCCUUUUCCCCCCAAAUUCUCCCAAUUUCCCCCCCAUACCUUCCACAUUUCCCAUCCUCCGCGCGGCAUCGCUUAA